AGGGAGGGAGGUAUGUGUGAGUAGAGUAGAGUAAGGAGGGUAAAGUCGUAGCUCCAGUCUUCUGAAGUAGCUCUGAUUCUUCUGGGAGAGAGUGUGACUCUGAACUGCAGGACUACAGGACUCUACAGGACUUAGGACUCUUCCUCCACUCCAGCAGGAGAGAUGAGUGGUACCCCUCAUCAUGACUCCCUGACCCCACGUGUGUGUGAGUGGUCUUUACCUGAUGCUGGUGAGGCUGAGAGCUCGCAGGUGCCCCCGUGGGGUGAGGAGGCUUAUGAGGAAAUGUGGGAGCGAGUGGAGGGGGUUAGACACAAGCUGACCCGCAUCCUGAACCCGGCUAAGCUGACCCCGUACCUGCGGCAGUGUAAGGUCAUCGACGAGCAGGACGAGGACGAGGUGCUGAAUUCCAGUCAGCUUCCACUGCGGAUCAGCAAGGCUGGUCGUUUACUGGACAUCCUCAGGGGACGUGGUGAACGAGGGUUGCAGGCUUUCAUGGAGUCGCUGGAAUUUUACCAUCCAGAACAGUACACACAGCUCACAGGCCAACAAGCCACACAGCGCUGCUCCAUGAUGCUCGAUGAGGAGGGUCCGGAGGGUCUGACUCAGUUCCUGCUGUUGGAGGUGAAGAAGCUGAGGGAGCAGGUGAGGUGCGCCCGGCUGUGUGAGCGCAGGUUGUCUCAGCGCUGCAGAGUGGCAGAGGAGGAGCGCAGCCGAGCCGAGAGGAAAACACAGGACCUCAGACAGGAGAGAGGACAGAUGGAGAGGCUGAGGCAGGACUGGGAGGCGGGGGCGAGAGAGCUGGGCAGACUGAAGGAGAGGCAUUUGGAGCAGGCCGUGAAAUACACCAGAGCCCUGGAGGAGCAGCGGAAGGCCUCCGCCCGUGAGAGGGAGUUACUCACACAGGUGGAGCAGCUGAAGAACAGACUGAUGGAGGCAGAGAAAAGUGCUGGAAACCCCACCUCCACCCUUUCCAUCAAGAGGACCAGCACAGUGUGCGUAAACACAGAGAGCCCCCCUGCUGGACAAAACACAAAACUGCCCACUGAGGCGCUGAAAGACCACUUUACUGGAACUCAGGCUCUGCUGGAUAUCCUGCAGCAGGACCGCAGAGAGGCAGCAGAGCAGAGGCAGGAGCUGUGCAGUACCGUCCUCAGACUGCAGGCGGAGCUGGGGAGCGCAGAGGCAGCCAGAGAAAAGCUGGAGGCUCACUGUGAGCAGCUGCAGCUGAGGAUGCAGACCCUGCAGCUGGACUGGGAGGCGGAGCAGAAGAGGAGUGUGUCCUACUUCAAUCAGAUCAUGGAACUAGAGAGGGAGAGGGACCAGGCUCUGCGCAGUCGGGACAGUCUGCAGCUGGAGUUUACAGACUGUCUGCUGGAUAAGAACCGUCUGCGUAAGAGAAUAGCAGAGCUGCAGAGCAGUCUGGAGCAGCAGCAGAGAGAACUGGGGAAAGAGAAGGAGAAAAACGAGAGAAUCCGAGAUCAGAGCAGCGCCCCCUGCAGGCACGGGUCUGAGUUCUCUCUGCUCAGUGAGGAUCAGUGUUUUGGACCCUGCUGUUCUCUCAGCCUAAACCACCACAACGGCACACACCAGAUACUCUGCAUGUCGCCCUCUACUGGCCAGUACAGUGAACAGUCAGAAGACUCAUUCUCCAACUCUGAGGAUAAAAUCUUCAGUCCGCAGUGUGACACUGCAAAGGACAUAAACAGGCUGUCCAUUUUCCCGUUUCCCCCCUGCACAAACUCCAUGAUCCGCAGAGUCAACACUGAGUUUGAUAUGGACUCUUGGGGCAGUGAUGAGACUGACACUGUUACAGAUGAUUCUGAGUCGUCUCUGUGGGUGUCCUGCGCUUCUCUAUCAUCUCAGAUUUUCCCUCCUGAUCUGGAAAACCAGACAGAAACCAGCAAACCUUUACUACUUUCAGAGCCCCUGCCUGUCGUCCCCUCACCCCCCUCUCCACCCAAGAACGUGGGCCUGGCUAAUGACAUCACUAUUGUGGGGGGCAACCGGCUUGGAAUAUUUGUGCAGACGGUGAGGGCGGGUUCACCGGCAGAUAAAGCUGGUCUCAGAGAGGGCAGUGAGCUUCUGCAGCUGGAGCAGGAGCUGUUUGAUGGUGGACGGGUUGAUCUGAGUCAGUGUACAGGGGAAGUGGCUCAUUUCUCUCUGCAGUGGUGGACUGAACCAUCUUCUCUGAAAUACAAGCUUAAUGAGGAGGGUUACUCUCGUUUGAACAGUGAGCUCUCCUCUCCCUCCUUCACGGGUGCUGACUCUUUUUACGUGCGUGUGAACCUGGACCUCUGUCCACACGGUGACCCGCCCUGCCUGCGCCUGAGCUGUAAUGACAUCCUGCACGUGACGGACACUCGAUACAACGGGAGGUACCAGUGGCGCUGCACACGGGUCGACACGCACUCCGCCAGAGCGCUGCAGGCUGGAGCUGUGCCAAACUAUAACAGGGCACAGCAGCUGAUGUUGGUGAGGCUGCAGACGAUGACACUGGAGCAUAAAGACAGCAAGAAAAAGUUUCUUAGGAAGACUCCUGAGCGUAUGCGGUUGGUGAAACCGGCGUCUACGAGCUGCCGCAAGAAUGGCUCCUUCUCCCCGCUACUCUACACACUUAGUAACCGACAUGAGGAUCAGUUGAUCCCCUACAGUUUGGUGCAGCCUGUGGAGGUUGAUUGUAAACGACCUGUGGUGUUUUCUCCCUCUCUGCUCUCCCGCCGACUCAUAGAGCGAUUACUGCAGCCUGCAGAGUCCGGACUGCACUUUAACACCUGCCAGCCAGAGCCGAUCUCAGUGUGUGAGCAGCAGGAUAAGAGUGUGUUCCUGCUCGAUUAUUCAACAUCAGACCAAACCCUGGGAAUCAGACUGCAGAACAUUCAGGAGGUUAUAAACCAGGACAAGCACUGUCUGUUGGAGUUGGGACUGAGCAGUGUUGAGGGUCUCCUGAGGCAGGGUCUGUAUCCCAUCGUCAUCCAUAUCAAACCCAAAGACAAGAAGGGCAGGAAGUUCCGUAAGUUGUUGUUGUGUGGGGGUGAGGAUGAGCUGAUGUUGGAGCUGCAGGCUGAGGAGCUGCAGUUGGAGACUCUGCCGUUGCUGUGCUGCACAGUGGAGCCCAACAUGUGGAGCUGCACCGAGGAGCUCCUGACCGCCGUGCGCAACACCAUCCACAGCCAGCAGGGGGCGGUGGCCUGGGUGGAAAUGGACAGGCUGCAGUAGAGCAGCAGAUCCGCCAGGGGGCAGAGUCUCCACUUCUUAUUCUUUUCAAUUUGCACAAAAGCACAGACUUAUUAUUUAUAUACGUAUUUUAAUUAUAUUAUAUAUUUGUAUACUUAUAUUAAUGUAAUAUAUAAGUAUAUAUGUAAUAUAUAAUUAUAAAUGAAAUAAUUUUAUAUUUUAAUGAAGAAAGAAGUUUUAUUGUUCAUUUAAAAUUAUUUCACUCACACAUGCACAUACAGCUCUGGAAAAAAUUAAGAGAUCACUUUAGUUUCUGAAUCAGUUUAUGUUUGAGUAAAACGAACAUUGUUGUUUUAUUCUAUAAACUACGGACAAAAUUUCUCCCAAAUUCCAAAUAAAUAUAUUGUCAUUUAGAGCAUUUAUUUGCAAAAAAGGAGAAAUGGCUGAAAUAACAAAAAAAGAUGCAGAGCUUUCAGACCUCAAAUAAUGAAAAAAAAGUUAAUCUUCAUACCUUUUUCAGAAAUAAGUAUUUGGUACAAUAACCCUGUUUUUCAUGCAUAUUGGCAUGUUCUCCUCCACCAGUCUUACACGCUGCUUUUGGAUAACUCUAUGCCACAAAACCAAGGUCAUUCAACCAAAUCUUGAUUUCUGAACUCCUAAAACGUUAUGAAUAUUAACUUGUUUUCUUUGCAUUGUUUUGAGGUCUAAAAGCUCUGCAUCUUUGUUAUUUUAGCUGUAAAGAAAAAAAAACGUAACUUUUUUUUUAAAUAUAUAAUUUUAUUUAAAUUUUAUUCCAUUUUCUCCCCAAUUUACACAGCCAAUUACCCAACCCACUCAUUAGGACUCCCCCUAUCACUAGUAAUGCCCCAACACACCAGGAGGGCGAAGAUUAGCACAUGCUUGCUCUGAUACAUGUGAAGUCAUCCACCGCCUCUAUUUAAGCUAACGCUCGGAGGAAAGUGCAGCGACUCGGUUCAGGUACAUCGGCUCACAGACGCCCUAUGCUGUGGACAUCACCCUAGGAGUGAUGUGGGGAAAGAUGGCCAUCUACCCACCCGGAGGGAGCAGGGCCAAUUUUGCUCCCUCUGAGUGCCGGCAGCUUGAUGGCAAAGCUGCAUGAGUGGGGAUUCGAACCUGCAAACUCGCUUUAGACCCGUGGACCACUCGGCGCCCCUAGAAACAGUAACUUUUUGUUUGAAAGUAUGUAAACGUAGAAAAUCUGUCUGUGUGUGUGUGUGUGUUUGUCAGAGUGAAAUAAUUUCAAAUUAACAAUAAAACUUGUUUCUUCAUUAAAAUAUUAAAAACAAAUAAUUUAAACAUUUAUUAAUAUGCCAUACCAUAGGUAUGUCUUUGUUAAAGAACAUAAUACAAAGUAUUUCAGCAUUAAAUUUUUAUGUUUAUCAGCGUCCUGUAUCAUAACUACAUCUCUGCUGUUUGUAACAAAACAAACCGUGCAAAAGAUGCAUGAAUUCCGAUUUGACCGUUCACAUUAAUCUCACAUGUCCAUGGAUCAGAUAUGUAUCCGAUUUAGGACCACAUAUGAAAGUGAUUCAAAUCUGGUUUGGGAAAAAAAACAGAUUUGGCACGUUUACACAGCCAUGAAAAAAUCAGAUCUGAGCCACAUUGAGCAAAAAAUCAGAUUUGAGUCACUUUAUUCUGGUAAUGUGAAUAUAGCCAUCGACCCCAAUCCGUUUUGAUCUCUAUCACUAGCCUCCCCUAGAAUCUGAUUAAUCCAGAGGAGUCAGCCAGAUGUAUAAACAGACAUUUUUUGAUGCUCUCAGCUUCACUCGGUUUGCACAUUACCUCAUUAAGGUCAAGAGGGCUUUACUCUGUUACCAUAUCAUUUAUAGCAGUUACUGAAUGAGGAAUAUUAAUAUUAAUAAUUAACUGGUGAAAAAUUGGUGCUAGUUGUGGUCUUUCAGAAGCUUUUAUCACAUAUCUUUACUUUAUAUCAUCCUUAAACUUUAUAAUCUUAUUUUUAUACCAGUGUUUUUAUAUGUAAGUCCUUUUUGACAUUUUCUACUGAGCCAAGUUGUUUAUAAACUGUGAUGACUGAAGAAUAA